AUGUCUGCCAACAACGACAACACCUCUACCCUUAAGUCCUAUGUCGACUCUGCCACCGGCGCCGCCCAGAACCUGAUUGGCUCCCUCACUGGCAGCACCGCCGAUCAGAACAAGGGCGAGGCUAAGCAGAACAAGGCUGAGGUUGAGCACGAUGCUUCUCACGCCACUGCGAAGGUUCCCGGCUUCACUGCUACUGCCUCUGGCGUGACCAAGGACGAUCCUGACCGUGCCAGCGGUUCCUGGAACCAGACUGUCGGCUCCGCUAAGGAGACUGCCGGUGGCCUCGUCGGCUCUGAGAACCUUAAGCAGCAGGGUCGCCAGCAGAACCUCGAAGGACAGCAACAAGAGGCCAAGGGCCAGCUGAACGACUACACCUCCGGCAUUGGGAACCGCGUCCAGGGUACCGUUGGCGGUGCUGUUGCCGGCUUGACUGGUGACAAGGCUGGCCAGCAACACUACCAGGACAUGCACGACUCUGGCAAGACUCAGCAGCGCGGUGCUGAGCACGACAUUCAGAAGCAGGCGGAAGCCAAGCAGUGA